GCUAAGCUAACUGCACAUAUAAUCUGUGGCAAGGAGCACUGGGAGACAGCCAAGAGACAGUGAAAAUGUCUUUAAACUGGCAGACAAUUCCUACUCAACUUGGAGUAUUUAGAGUGAACUGCAAAGGACUGGCAUGCCUCUUGGUCUUCACAGUGAGCAUUUGUGGCAGCGCCUCGGGGAUGUGUCCGACAACCUGCAUCUGUGCCAGCGAUAUCGUAAGCUGCACCAAUAAGAACCUCUCUCGGGUGCCAGGAAAUCUUUAUAAAUAUAUGAAAAGGCUGGAUCUGAGUUAUAACAGAAUUAGGUUUUUGGAGCCUGAAUGGAUCCCAAUGCUGUUAGAGAAACUGGACACUCUCAUAGUCAAUCAUAAUACCAUUAGCAGUGUUGUUACUGGAAGCUUUUCCACAACCCCCAAUCUGAAGUACCUAGACUUGUCAUCCAACAGCCUGAAGACACUGGGCAGCCCUGUGUUUCAGGAGCUGGGGGCACUGGAAGUUCUCCUGCUAUACAAAAAUCAGAUAACACAGAUAGAGUCCUCAGCCUUCGGAGGAUUGUACAAAUUACAGAAACUGUACUUAAGCUAUAACUUGCUCUUGCAUUUCCCUCUGGACUUGUACACUGGAAAAUACAAACUGACAGACCUUGUGUUGCUGGACAUUUCCUUUAAUCGCAUCCAGUCGAUGCCUGUUCAGCGCCUAAGUUCAGUGCCAGCCAAACAUCUUAGUGGAAUUUAUCUUCAUGGCAACCCAUUUUACUGUGACUGUAUGUUGUACUCCAUGCUGCUCUUCUGGUAUCAGAGACACUUCAGCUCAGUGGUGGACUUAAAAAACGAGUACACCUGUUCGUUGCGAUCAGACCCAGGAGGUGACAAUAAACUGCCUUUACUGCAUGACAACUUUCUGAAUUGCUCUGAAAGCACCGUCAACAGCUCUUUCCAAGCCUUCGGGUUUAUUCAUGAUGCCCAGGUUGGCGACAGGUUGAUUGUACACUGUGACAGCAGAAUCAGUGAUGCUGGCACACGCUUUGUUUGGGUAAGUCCGGACAAUAGAUUGCUGGAGCCAGACAGGGAGAUAGACAAUUUUAAGGUGUUUCAUAAUGGCAGCCUGGAGAUAACAGAUGCCCAGCUGGAGGACUCGGGGCUGUACUCCUGCAUUGCAAUAAAUAAGAAAAGACUAUUAAAUGAAACCAUAGAGGUUAGAAUAAAUGUUAGCAAUUCCACAGUGAACAGGUCCCACGCUCAUGAAGCAUUUAAUACAGCUUUUACCACCCUUGCUGCCUGUGUAGCCAGUAUUGUUUUAGUACUGCUGUAUCUCUAUCUGACCCCUUGUCCAUGUCAAUGUAAGGCAAAAAGGAGGAAGAGGAAGCUGAAUCAAAGCAGUGCUCACUCAUCCAUACUGAAUUCCACACCUCCGCAAGAGCUGCCAGCUGAUGAGAAGAAGGCUAGCACUGGUAAACGGGUUGUUUUCCUGGAACCUGUCCAUGAACCAAAACACAGUCAGAAUGGGAAAGUAAAACUGUUUCCUAAUGACAAUAUCAUUGCUGAGAGUAUCUUAAAAACUACUCGAACAAAAUCCGACUCUGAUUCUGUCAACUCUGUGUUCUCAGAUACACCUUUCAUGCCAUCAACUUAGUUUGCUGCCUGUGUUUGUAUCGUGCCCUUACACUUCUGAAUACCUCCUUUGCUUCAUUUCUGCAUCAGGAAAAAAAAAAAAAAA